UGUAGUGUGCGGGAAGUUGACCUUGAGUUUUUAUUUUGACAACUAUAACCGGAAGUACAGUUAAUGCAGUUUGUCCUGCUUGAUAUUAGGACAAAAAGAGCAGGAUGUAGCGGUACAUGUAUCGGGCUCUUUUCACAUUAAUCCAACCAUCAGAAGUCCUUCUCUCUUUUUAUGUCGACGCGGUGAGUCAGGUUUGGGGGAUGGGUGUUGUACGGAUUGUCAGCAGAGACGACUAACGUUUGAAACAUGUCCAACAUCCUCGAUGCGGCGUCCAAAGUGAAAUGGGACCGCACGGCUGCGGCGAAGCGAGCCGUGUUUCUUGCGGCAGCUGUUUACGGUGUCAAAACACUGUACCCCAUCAUCUGCAAGCAGCUCGGCAAAAACAAAGAACCCAGGAAUAAUCGCCGGGUGUCCAAGGCGGAAAACGGUUCCACUUGUUUGAUACAAACACAGAUAGAUGCUGCGGAUCAUAAGAACGCAUCCCUGGGGGUAAAUGCCGAAUUUUUCAAGCAGAUCCUCGAACUUGGUAAAAUCCUUUUCCCCAAGCUUGUGUCCAAAGAGCUCGGUUUGCUCUCUCUGCACUCAGUGGCGCUGAUAUCCAGGACGUUUCUGUCUAUUUACGUGGCCAGCUUGGACGGCAAGAUUGUCAAAACGAUCGUGGAGAAGAAACCCAAGAGCUUCAUCAUCCAGCUGAUCAAAUGGCUCCUCAUUGCCAUCCCGGCCACGUUCGUCAACAGCGCCAUCCGGUACUUGGAGGGCAAACUGGCUCUGGCCUUCCGCACCCGGCUGGUGAACCAUGCCUACCGAACCUACUUCACCGAUCAGACCUACUACAAAGUCAGCAACAUGGACGGGAGGCUCGCCAACCCGGACCAGUCUCUUACUGAGGACGUAAUGAUGUUUUCCCAGUCGGUGGCCCACCUCUAUUCCAACCUCACUAAGCCUAUACUGGACGUGAUGCUGACCUCCUACACGCUGAUACAGACCGCCAGGUCCAGGGGUGCCAACGCCACCGGGCCGACCCUGCUGGCCGGGCUGGUGGUCUUUGCCACGGCUAAGGUCCUGCGCGCCUGCUCGCCCAGAUUUGGCAAGCUGGUGGCCGAGGAGGCUCAUAGGAAAGGCUACCUGCGCUAUGUGCACUCCAGGAUCAUUGCAAAUGCUGAGGAAAUAGCUUUCUACAGGGGACACAAGGUGGAGAUGCGUCAGCUGCAGAAGUGCUACCGGGCUCUGGCGGACCAGAUGAACCUGAUCCUGUCCAAGCGUCUCUGGUACAUCAUGAUUGAGCAGUUCCUCAUGAAGUAUGUGUGGAGCAGCAGCGGGCUCGUCAUGGUGGCCGUGCCGAUCAUCACAGCUACCGGCUUCGCUGACAACGAAACAGCAGACGGGCAGAAGCAUGUGAUGGUGAGCGAGAGGACGGAGGCUUUCACCACCGCCCGUAACCUGUUGGCCUCGGGGGCGGACGCCAUUGAGAGGAUCAUGUCCUCCUACAAAGAGGUCACAGAGUUGGCAGGCUAUACUGCACGGGUCCACAACAUGUUUGUGGUGUUUGAGGACGUCCAGAGGGGUGUUUACAAGCGCUCCUCGCUAUCAGCCACAACAGGAGCAGAGAAGAAGAGCAAGCCUGAGAUGCACAUAGAUGGGCCACUGGAGAUAAAGGGUGAAGUGAUAGAUGUGGACAAGGGCAUCGUGUGUGAGAAUGUCCCAAUUAUUACGCCAAAUGGGGACGUAGUAGUGUCUUGCCUGAACUUAAAGGUAGAAGAGAGCAUGCACCUAUUGAUCACGGGGCCCAACGGCUGUGGAAAAAGCUCUCUGUUCAGGAUCCUCAGCGGCUUGUGGCCUGUCUACGGCGGCCGGCUACACAAACCCUCUCCUCAACAUAUGUUCUACAUCCCUCAGAGGCCAUACAUGUCCAUGGGUUCACUGCGGGACCAGGUGAUCUACCCAGACUCGGUGGAGGACAUGGCUGCCAGAGGCCUCAGUGACAAGGACCUAGACGCCAUCUUGGACGUAGUCAACCUCAACCACAUUGUCACCAGAGAAGGAGGCUGGGAUGCCGAGCUGGACUGGAAGGACGUGCUGUCAGGAGGCGAGAAGCAGAGGAUGGGCAUGGCGCGCAUGUUCUACCACAAGCCUAAAUAUGCGCUGUUGGAUGAGUGUACCAGCGCUGUGAGCAUUGACGUGGAGGGAAAGAUUUUCCAGGCUGCUAAGGACGCCGGCAUCUCUCUGCUCUCCAUCACUCACAGACCCUCCCUGUGGAAGUACCACACCCACCUGCUGCAGUUCGACGGGGAGGGAGGCUGGCGCUUCGAGCAGCUGGACACGGCGACGCGCCUCACCCUCACCGAGGAGAAACAGCGGCUGGAGGCCCAGCUGGCCGGCAUUCCCGAGAUGCAGCAUCGCCUCAACGAGCUCUGCAAGAUCCUGGGAGACGACUCUGUCCUCAAAACAGUCGAGGAGUGAGGCGAGGUGGGGGGGGGGCCCAGAGGGAAAAAGAGACAAGGGGGGGAAAAGAAGAGAAGAAGUGGGGGGGAGAAGAAGAGAGCUUGUGUAGAGUUAUUUUUUUCCGCUCUGCAGGAGAGCUCUUAAUGCCAGCUAGUCUUUCAGCUCUCCUUUCUCCUCUCCCUCUUCUUUUUAAUCUCUCCCUUGCCCUGCUCCAACCUGAGAAGUGGAGGGGGAGAGUGAAGUGGAUGCACAAGUAUUAUUCCCCCUUGUUACUCACAUGGACUGCAUACUCAGUUGUAGAUUUAAAAUGUUUGCUUUUAGCGUGCAUCAUUUUCAAGAUCAGUUUACCACAGUCCAAAGUGGCAGAAAUGAGAAAUCCAAAUUUAACCAAGAUAAUUCAUUUGUUUGUUUGUUUCAUAGCACUUUACUCUGCUUUUAGAGGGCUAUUAUUUCUGUUUUGUUGUGGUAGCUCACAGUGAAAUAAGAUGAGUUUUAGCUGGAAAACGUUUAAUAUAGAACCACUAAAUAAUGUCCAAAGCAGUAUUCCACGCCCAGUAUACUGGGUUGUGCAGGAUCCACAUUUGUCAUCAUUUAGCAGUAGAUUUUAGUUUUUACUGAACUUAAUGACCUCUUGGUUUUGAGAGGUCAAAAGAGACUUUUCAAAGAGAUUUUUCAAAAUGUCACAAUAUGCCUUUGUUUGAUUUUGUGUAUCUAGCCGCAGUACAAUCCCUUUCCUUAUACCUCAUCUUACCUAUACCAGAUCUUGUUACGCAAACCCUUGGACCACUGAUAUAGGCUCAGUUGCAGACUUACACAUGGCUAGCAAAGAAAAAGCCAAUCUGGGCUAAAACUAUAGGUUUCUGGUUUAUUGAGCAAAUACAAUGAGCUAAGGAGGCCCUCUUCAAAGGAUGAGGAACAAGAGCAAGCUGACCCUGGCAGUCUGGUCUGUCUAUAAACAGUCACACAUACAUACACAAAUGGAACAGGUAGCCAUUCAGACUACGGUACUGUCAGAUACGCGUACACAUGCUGGCCACCUGUUGAAGCUCCCACCCUGUGUUGACACAAAACACACUCGUGUGUCUGCUGUGUGUCAGAUGCCUGCUGGGACUCUGCUCUGUGGGUCUAAUGAGCUAAUACAUUAUGCUAAUUUAGUUAAUAUAGUUACAUGAGACUUCAUGUAAAUUUGAUGGUGACGUAAGAAAUACUUUGAACAAAGUCUUCAUUUCUCACCUUUCUAAAGUGGAAGCUGAUUAUCUUUUGAUAUGUGUUUACAUGCACUUAUAUAUUUUAGAUAAUACUCCACAUAUUAUUAUGUUAUAAUAUAUGAGGCCUUAUUGGAUUAUACUUAAUUUACAUAAUAGGGCUAAUAUAAAGUAGUAGAACGGUUAGGGGUCAGGCUUAUUUAAAGAUCGCAGACGUUGGAGCUGGUACAGAUUUCAUUUUUGGCUCAAGAACACUUCAGCAUGUUGGCUGCCUCUUGACUAAUGGCUGGCAUGCAGCUUGGCUAUAUACAGGAGCGAAAUUAGUUGGAUUGUUUUUCCUCAUUUAGCCUCCAUGUUUGCUACCAGCAACUUCUCUGAAGUUGUGAUACUGUGAAAUUAGUGAUUUGUGACGUUAACAUAAUUUUGUUCUUAUGAAAAAGUCAUAAGCGCUGUAUUCUCAUGCGGUGGUUCUAAGCUUUGGUUGCGGCUGCUUUUACAGUAUGUUCCUUUUGUGGUUCAGACCUGUGCGUGUGCUUACUGUGUCCUACAUAAAGAGUCCGAGGAAAAGUAGUAAGUUAGGCAGGCUUUUGCCUCCCAGAUUGUACUGAGUGAAACAGGCGAGGGGACCGUGUGUGGAGAAGUUAUGGAUUCAUUCAUAUAGAGUUAUAUUUUUGCGGUUUGAUACAUCCAAUUGGGCCUAAAGCCUUCCAAGCAAUACAAAUUAUCACUGCAUUUGCAAAAAAGCACCCAGAAGCAUUUACAUUUGUUUUUUGGGCUGUGUGACACAACAGUUUCCUUAGUUCACCUUUAAUUCAAUGUUUCCUCUGUAAAAUUCAUUUACAGCCCCUUAGUAAAUUACAGAACCAAGUAAAAGUGUGGAAGCACUUGAUAUCAAGUAAUCUCACUGGUUAGAAUACCACUAUUUUGUUAUUAUGCCCUCUGUUUGGUUAACACACUGCCAUGUCUGUGUUGCACAGAAUGGACAAUCAGUCACACGCAAAGAAAUAAGUUAAAGAGUCCCACAGGUCUUCCUUGAAAGUUUGUGAAUUUGAGGAAAAAACUAAAGGUUUGAAAACAGACAUAAAUAGAUAUGGGUCAUUGAAAGUGCUCAAAUUUAUACAUUUUGUGUAAGAAUAGAAACUGAAGUUCUUUUCUUUCUGUAAAGUCCUGCUAGUUCUCAUCAUAAAAAUUCUCAGUGUUGUAACAGUAAUUAACCUUGAUCUGUGUCUCAAACUAUGCCGUGUUGGGCCCUUGAAUUUGAGGGAAUUGGGCAUGGAAAGUCCUUGAAAAGUCCUUGAAUUAGUUGAUUAAGAAGGUGUGGGACCCAUGUACACAUGCAUCAUCUAAUUUGUUACGGAACUUAGAAUGUAAAAUUGUUGAGUAUGCUAGGCAAAGUUUAGCAACUCUCUCAGGCCUUUUGUUAGACUGAGCUGGGACUGCAUCCAGGAUGUCUAAAAGUGCAACAUCUUUGCUCCAUUGAGACUUUAAACCUUUGUAACCUCCCCUUUUGGCUUUUAGUGUACAGUUCAAGAAAAGGACUUAAGACCAUUUGAAUGCAGCCCUGCUCUGUUCAGAAUGAUGGCUGCUAGGUUACAGAAGGACAAAGACCUAGAUUCCCCCCCCCCCCAAAAAAAAGAAAAUGUGACUGGAGAAGAAAAAGAACUAAUUAAAAAUUGAAAAUGUCAGUGCAUUCCUUUAAUAUCUAAAGGAAUAAUAACUGGAAUGCUCUGUGUUGGUCUUGUCAUAUAAUCUGGACUGCACAAAAAUAAUCACGCUUUCAUUCGCUAUGCAAGAGAGCAUCAUAGACAUUACUGUAAGGCUUGAAAUUAGCAUGGCAAGCCUUUUCAACAGCACACUACACUGCAGUUUCUGACCUGAGAUAAGUUAUUAUCUUUCUGUGCCAUCAGUCCGCCUCUGUUGACAGGAGGCCAGAUGAGCCGCUGAAUGACACGGAGUCUGCCAAGGGACACUGGAGCAUGAGGUCAGCUCAAGAGCAGAUAGUGCUUGGAAUUCACAGGCGUGACCAUAGCGUCAAUAGUUAAAAAGUCAGAAAUACUAUUAUUUCAUCUUGAAAGGAUGGGAUAAUAAAUGAUGAGGUGCCAUUUUCCUAGUAUGCUUCGUUAUAGAUCUUAUUUUUCUGCCAAAAUUGUGUGUUUUUAUGUAUUCUGGUUUGUGUUGCGUAAAAGGGUGCUUUUCAUGCUGCAUAUUCUCUCCAAGGAUUGCAUAUUCCUUCCACUGAUUAUAAGGCUAAGAGUGGGCUUAUUUGUUCUCUAAUCACACUACAACACUGAGCCCAACUGAGGCUGAACUAUCAUUGGUAACACUUGCUCUCCAGUCUUGAGCCAGAUCCCUGUGCACAGCAGUGUUUUUAGGUGCUAGUUACAGUGCGGAUAAUUACGCAUUGAUUACGUGGUUAGGAACUACUAUAUAUGAAAAGACCUCAAAUAUACCAUUGUUCUUAUUUAUUUAAAUCUUUAAAGUAACUAUAACCAAAAUUCUUAUAUUAACGAUGGAUCACAUACAUGUAACCCUGCUGUUCCCCAUAGCUCUAUGGAGCUUUGUAGCGACAUUCAACUCAUUGUUUUGGUUUUCUGGCCCACAACAUUACUAUUUUGGUUUACUCUCACCGCUCUCAUCUCAUAGCAUUGUUUUCGGCCGUAGCAGGUAGCCACUCAAAAAGCCGGCUGUAUGCUACCUGCACAGGCUUGCCAAACAACAGUUAGCAACUCGCUAGUUGGAACAUUGAGCUAGCAGAAGAGCCAGAUAUUUCCCUCAGGAGUUUGAAAAAAAGGAGAGUGAAUAUUGGACUUACACGACUCCAAAUGAAUGGUAAUAGGCAGCUGUUUUUGCUAACAAGAUAGCAAUAUCAACUUAAAAUGAUACGUUAGCAGUUACUUUUAUGUUAAGCUUGUUAGUGUUAAGCUUUUUAAUUCUUAAAAAAUGGUGGGGGGUUGGCAGUAGCUCAGAGGGAUUAAUAAAGUAAUUCUCUCCUCUCUCUUAAGCUUGUUUCUGCUGCCCCCAAGUGGCCAAAAUGUGUUUCUGCAGGUUUGAAUGCAGGUCAUGCCUGAAGUUGUUCCUAGGAAAAAAAAAAUCUCAACAUCAUCUUUCUUUACCUUUUAACAUGGCACCUCAUCAUUUCUUACCCCUUUAGGAAACCAGUUAAGAGAGCUCACUUACCAGUGAAGUUAGGCCUUUGGUGGCCUACUACUCUAUAUGACCCUGCUAUAUACUGUAAUGACAUCCUUACUAACAAAACUUUGAUACUGAAAGUUUUGCAUUCUAUCACCCCUUUUGUAAGUAAGAGAUUGAAUGUAUCCAUUAUGUAUGAUAAAGCAUCUGUUAAGGUUACGACGACAAUGAAUACAUGUGGUCAGGUCAUACAAGUUUCCUUUUUGUUUGAUAAUUGAUCAUUUUAUAAUUGUGUUAAUAGUGCAUGCAACAGUGUUUUAUCAGAGCCACAUUGUGGUGUUUAAAUUGGGAUUUACUGUACGUGUGUGAGAACUAGGAUAACGGGAAAGGAAAAUGUUUGAAAUUUUCACUUUGAAUUUUCAUGUUAUUCAAGUGGUGUAGGACAGUCAAAUCAAUAUUUAUGACAGAUGGGUCGGUUUCUAAUUUAUUGAGGGUGUUAUUCAAGUUUUUGAGGUAUUAAUUAGACUGUCCUGGACCUCAGGAGCAACAUUCAGUGAUUCUCCCUCAAAGCCAGGGAUUACUACACUUUGUAGUUAAUAACUUUAAAGAGAGCUUUGUUUGCAAUCAAAAUUACCAUUAAUAUAAUUAUUUUCUAUCUUGAACUCCUGGAACAGUAGUCUAGACUUCCUUUAUUUGGAUCUCAUUGUGCAUGUGUAGGAAUCUGUUUUAUUUAACCUUAGAACCAAGAGAGGUACAUUGGCAUAAAGAUCAUCUGUUCAAAAGUCAUGUGGUCACUUUACGUUGAAAGAUGAAGAUGUAUUUUCUUGUAAAUAAAACAAUACAUUGCAACCUCGAAA